GGACAUGGAGAACAAGAACAAGCUUCUUUUGCGCCAAAGAGGAAUCACCGGCUCGCAUGGACGGUUUCUGGCCUUCGUUGCUCUCCGGCCAAGUGCUUUCUACUCUCUUGAAAGUCUUGUUUGCAAAACCAAUUGCGAAUGGCAAGUCUUUGACCUGCGACGAGUAAAGCCCUACAGCAUUGGUGAGAAGCUCGACCGAGGGCGGCCUACCGUUACAACUUCCGACCCCUAGUCACGACCUUCUCGACACAGUGUGGACACCGUGCGAGCUUCUGCUCUGCUGCUUCUGCACAUAGUCCAGUCAUCGGCCUGCCAUAUCGGCUCAGGUGUUCGGUGAAGACGACUUUGACAGUGAAGCGCCCUCCGCCGUAUCUCGUAAGGUGAAUCUCCGCCCGCUGCGCCACACCACCAAGCAGUCUACGGGCUAUAUCCAUCAUCGCUCGGCAACACCCAGCUGCCACACUGUCUGUAAAUGCCUUACAACACAGGGCCACCGCCACUGGUGCAUCAUGCCACAAGCGUUUCGGCUACGGACAUCCUGGGAAGUGCGCACGAGUUCUUAAAAGAUAAGCUUUACUACACCAGCGUAUUGGGGAAUCCCGGACAAUAUCCCAAUGUGAACUUCUUCAGCAUCGACCGGGUUCUGGUCUACAUCAACUUCUACUCCGAUUUCGGGCCGUCAAAUCUCGCCCAUGUCAUUCGGUUUUGCGAUAUCAUGCAGGAUAAGUUAAAGAAUCCACGCACGGCGGACAAGAAGAUAUGCUUGUACAGCUCUAUGGAUCCAGAUAAGAGGGCGAACGCUGCAUUCCUCAUGUGCGCAUACAUGCUUAUAGUUCACAAGCAAACCCCGGAAGAAGCAUUCCGACCUCUGUGCACCGCCAAACCAUUCCUUUCGUACCGAGACGCGGGAUACGGAACCGCUACCUACUAUAUAACCAUUCCCGACUGCCUCCGCGGCCUGCACAAAGGGUUGACUCUGGGCCUUUUAGACAUCGAUUCUGUGGAUGUGGAAGAGUACGAGUUCUACGAGAAGGUGGAGAACGGGGAUUUCAAUUGGUUAACGGAUAAGUUCCUCGCCUUGGCCUCGCCGAAGGAUGACCCGGUGACCACACGAGGCGCCGCGAUGCCAGCCGCGACACACACAUCCUCGGCUUUGUCUCUCCUACCAGCGCCAUUGGCCGCCGUUCUCGGCGUCACAUCGUCACAGGAACUGCACCAGCAACCAGCACAUCAGACGGCUCUGCGGGCGGCGCCGUCCGGUUGGGGAUUUCUUUCUCGGGCCACCGCGUCUGUCGCUCCGGCACCAGCAGCGUCCGCAAUCUCACCGCCAGCGAAAGGCUUUCAACCAGCAUAUCGGAUGCAAGACCUUGUGAAAUAUCUCAAGCAGCAUAAUGUCGGAACCGUGGUUCGUUUGAACAACCGGACAUAUGACCGGACGCAGAUCGUCAAGGCUGGCAUCGAUCAUGUGGAAAUGUACUUUCCGGAUGGCACAAAUCCUCCGGAUGGCAUCUUGAUGCGGUUUUUGGAGUUGUGCGAGUCGCGACCCGGGCCGAUUGCUGUACACUGCAAAGCCGGCUUGGGCCGCACGGGCAGUUUGAUUGCGGCAUACCUAAUGAAACACUAUAAGUUUACAGCCGCCGAAGUCAUCUCGUUCUUGCGGAUCCUAAGGCCUGGAUGUGUUGUUGGACCACAGCAGAACUACCUUCAGAACAUGCAGGACCGUUUGCAUAGACUGCAUCCGUCGGGAAAUCUGCCACCCCAUAUCUCUCUUCUCAAAAAGCCGACCUAUCCCGAUGGUAUUCGCCGUUGGAAUGUCACCCGGACAAAUGUAGUGCCCAACCCGCGGUUCAACGGCGACAGUGAAGGAGAGCUUGCACAGUUGGACAUCCAUCGAAGGGAAACGCAAGACGAGCUCGAACGCGCCUUUGCGGAAGCCGAGCGCGAGCGGUCCCCAGAUCCAGCGGCACGGAUUGAAAAUAUGACCAUCCCUGUGCAGCCGCGCAAGCAUGUGCAGAACCCUCAGCAGGCGGCGCCUGGUGGGACCAAGUUGGCGGCGGGAGGGCUCGAUCUCCCGUCAGGGUCUGCGGGCGACAGGGACCGAGACCGGACGAAAGCGCAGGUUCAAGCUGCAUUGGAACUUGCGAAGAAGCAUUCAUCGGCAAAUCCAGCCACCAAGCGUUCCGCCGACUCGAGACCAAACUACGUGACGACAAGCACGGGAAGCCUUGGUCCCACGUCCCGUCCAACAACAUCCCAUGGGAGCGGGGGUACUGCCUCCGCGAGCGCCACACCACGCAAUCAGAAACAGCAACAGACGGAUUUUGUCGUGCUUGGGAAGAAGCCCGGGGUAUCCAUGAGCGCUCGGGAACGUUAGCGCGAGUUUU